GCUUAGUUUGAGGCGCUUUUCCCCCCCUUUACAACCACAAUGGUUCCUCCAUAUUUAAUUCCAUAACAAAAGAGCCACAAUCUUUGCUGAAAAAUACACAUUUAUAUGUCAGGGUAUAACACAACACUUACUCUUAUAUAUACAACCAAAUUCAGCAUCCAUCUCAUCUCCAUCCACAGCCACUGUGUGUUUUGUGUCUUUCUCUUCUUGCUCAACAAUGGCUGCCUCUGCCUUCACCAUUAUUGUGACUGCAGCCAUGUUCUUAGCCACAAAUGGCGUGGGCGUAGAGGGCAGAGCCUUCUUCGUGUUCGGUGAUUCGCUCGUCGACAGCGGCAACAACAACUACUUAGCCACGACCGCACGCGCCGACGCCCCGCCUUACGGCAUCGACUACCCCACCCGCCGCCCCACCGGCCGCUUCUCCAACGGCCUCAACAUUCCCGAUCUCAUCAGCCAGAGCAUCGGCGGGCGAGAGUCGCCGUUGCCCUACUUGAGUCCGGCCCUAACCGGGCAGAGGCUGCUGGUGGGAGCCAACUUCGCCUCCGCCGGAGUUGGGAUUCUGAACGACACCGGAGUUCAGUUUGCGAACAUAAUAAGGCCAUUCCAACAGCUAGAAUACUUCCAGCAAUACCAAACGAGAGUGUCGGCAUUGGUGGGCGGCGGCGCGGCUAAACGGCUGGUGAACCAAGCGCUGGUGCUGAUGACGUUGGGCGGCAACGACUUCGUCAACAACUACUAUUUGGUUCCUUUCUCCGCAAGGUCCCGCCAGUUCUCCCUCCCCGACUACGUGCGCUACCUAAUCUCCGAAUACCACAAGCUUCUCAGGAAAUUAUACGAUAUGGGAGCUCGGAGGGUGAUAGUGACGGGGACGGGGCCGCUGGGGUGCGUGCCGGCGGAGCUGGCACAGAGGAGCCGGAACGGGCAGUGCGCGGAGGAGCUGCAGCGGGCGGCGGCGCUCUUCAACCCGCAGCUGACGCAGAUGCUGCUGAAGCUGAACUCGGAGGUGCGGGGCAACGUGUUCAUCGCGGCCAACACGCAGCUCACCAACAGGGACUUCAUCCGCAAUCCGCAGGCGUAUGGGUUCGUGACAUCCAAGGUGGCAUGCUGCGGCCAGGGGCCCUACAACGGGCUGGGGCUCUGCACGCCCUUGUCCAAUUUGUGUCCCAAUAGAGAGGUGUAUGCGUUUUGGGAUCCGUUUCAUCCUUCCGAAAAGGCUAACAAAAUCAUUGUUAGGCAGAUCCUCACGGGAUCCCUCGACUAUAUGAACCCCAUGAACCUCAGCACAAUCCUCGCCCUCGACGCCCGUCUCUAACCUCCACUCUUUGGGUAUAUACAGCAUUUCAAUUAUUUGUGUGUGUUUGUGUGUGUUGAGACUCAUAAUGGUGGUGAUGAUGCAAUAAGAUGCAGGGUCUCGCCGACAAAUAAUAUUUCCUUGUAUUUCAAGUAGACAGAGAGAGUCGGAGAAUUCGUGUUGUAUUUUGAUGUGAUGUGAUUCCUUCUUGUAAUGUCAAUCAAAAAUAUGGUUCAACUUGUAGAUUUAUAUCUAUUGUUUUUUAAUAUAUACAUGGAUGGGUUCAAAUAAAAA